AUGGCAACAACAACAACACGUCAACUACUUCCCGAUGUGAAUGGCAAUGACCUCCUUUAUUUCAUUAAGGGUCAAAUGAAUAAAAUAUGCGACUUCUACGAUGAGCAGGAUUUUAUAGAUGAUUCCAGCACACCGCUUGAUACUCGCAGCAGCAAGUCCUUACUUCAACGACCUUUUCAANCUAACCCCACUACUAUGAUUCCAGCACACCGCUUGAUACUCGCAGCAGCAAGUCCUUACUUCAACGACCUUUUCAAAAGUGCCCAGGGCCUAGCUCCUGUUAUCGAGUUACACAACGUAAAUAGUGACUCCUUUGAGCGGUUAAUGACAUUUUGCUACACCGGCAAAACGCUCAUAACCAUCGACAAUGUGGGUGCAAUGUUGAAGGCGGCUAUGGUUUUGAAGUUAGAUGGGGCCGUUUUGAGUUGCGUUGACUAUAUUUCCGGGCAUAUAACUGAGUAUACGCUGCAACGGGCAUAUUGCUUAGAGAAUGAAACUCAGUGUGUACCACUGUACGAGAAACUCUUUGAAUAUGUUUUAGAGAAUUUCAUGGAGGUGACCCGGACCCCUGAGUUUUUAAGUUUAAAUGCUGAGAAAUUGCAGGCACUCAUAGAGAGCGAUAAAUUGAAUGUGAGUUGUGAAAAAGAUGUAUUUGACGCUGUAAAUCGGUGGUAUGAAUACGACGCUGCAGGGCGUCAACAGAAACUGCCAGACUUAAUCGAUAGUUUACGCCUUAAUCAGCUGGAUACGGAUUUCCUAUUGAGAAAAGUUCAGUUACUGCCUGGCUGUGAGGUAUUAGCUUUAAGAGCGAUAACGUGGACUACGCUACCUACAAAUCGUGCAAUGGUGUCGUUAAAGUUUACAACGCCUCGAAAAGAUGUGCGCAACACGUCGGAGGAAACCACACUAUUGGCAAUAGGAAGAAGUGAAGGGGAUGUAAAAAUUUUUCAAUAUGACAAAGCUGAAGAUGAAUGGCACAAAUAUGACGAUAUGGAAUAUGAUUUCAGCAGUUCUGAAAUGGCAUUCGUUGAUGACAGUCUAAUCUUUAUUGGUGGGUGCUCCGAUAUCAAGCCGACCAAUGUUGUUAAAAGCUGGAACAUAAAAACGAAAACAUGGAGUACAUUGCCUUCGAUGGCACAGCCCCGAGGUUGGCCAAGUGUUAUAUCAUUGAACGGGAGUAUCUACGCCAUUGGUGGAUGGACUACAAUUAUCCAACGUACAAAUUCGGUCGAAAUGUCGCCGUAAGCAAUGGAUGCAUUUAUAUUUUAGGUAGUGAAAUGGCUCUAAGUUGCAAAACAGUUGAAUGCUAUGACCCUCAAAAUAACAAAUGGACUAAGAUCUGCGCUUUGAGAGAUGGACGUUACGGUAUAGGAUGUGUUUCUACGGAUGACCGACUGUGGGCUGUGGGAGGUAUUCCUUCAAAUUCCGUGUCAGUAUACAAUUCGGAACGUGAUGAAUGGAUCGAAAAGAAACCAAUACCCAAAAAUGGUCGAUACUCUUGUUAUGUUGUGGCUAAAACGUUAUUUGAAAGUGAAUAAGUGAUGCAAUGUUUAAUAAGAAGAUACUUACUAUGUACUCUUCAGAGAUGAAUCUAUUUGGUUGAGGCAGUUUUUGAUAUUCUAUGGUCCUCUGCAAUAAUGACACAACUCAAAAUUCAAAAAAUAAAAUCCCUUACUACCGUUAAGUGCUUCAUGUAUCUAAUCCUUGUCUAACCCAUGUCCAAUCCUUUCUAAAGUAUGUAACAAUGACUACUAAAGUAAGUAGUAAGGAUUAGGAAUGGAUAAGACAAGGAUGAGAGACGUGAGGCAAUUAACAGUAGUAAAGGCUUUAAUUUUCUGAAGUUUGAAUUGUGUCGUUAUUGUAGAGGACCAUCGAUAUGUAUGCCCAUAUUUAAAAAACAAAUUUAAUUUUAAUGAAUUUUGCAACUGUUAUUUUUGUUUGUGUAAUGGAUUUUCGUGCUACAGUUAGAAGUAAAAAUUUAAAAAAUUUUUUUUUUACAUAAAAAACAA